AUGGAGAGUGAACCUGUCUUCAAGUUUGACGUCCGGGAGUCGCUCAACACCUCUGUGGAAUCUGGCGAAUGUCACAUCAUGUGCACUUGGUGCAGCACUUUGAUCGAGGGCCACAAAUAUUUCGCGCAUCGAAGGCGAGGAAGCGGUUGCUACGACCGCACCGACCCUGCAGUGUCCGGAAAAGCAGAAGCUAUGAUUGAGCAAAGUAAGGAGAGAGCUGGUCGAAAACGGCGAUCACUAGAACCAGGCAAAAUGCCGGGCUCAUCGAAAAUCCAGAAAGAAUCCAUUCAUAGUUUGCAAAACAUCAUUAUCACUGAGAAGUACUCCGAGAGAGUAUCCACGUUCCUCCACGUUUUGAAUAUUCAUAUUAAUGACCAAGAGGCCCAAAAUGCUCUCAUUAACGGGUACUCUUCCACAUGUGCAGAAGAAUUCCCCUUUAUCGAUGUCAAAGCUUCAGUUGAUGGUACUUCCAAUUCUGGAAAGCCUGUCCUCCAAUGCGUCAUCUGUGGCUUCAAAACCGACACAUCGAGACGGAUUGCAAUGCAUGCCCGUCAUCAUGAAGAUUUGAUGAGAGAUCUUGGCAAUUAUCCGGAGCCUUGUCAUUGUGGUGAGAAGAUUCGCGUCUGUGCUGAAGUAAAGGAGUCCUAUCAGCGAUUAUGUCACAUCCUCGAGAAGCACGUUGACGAUGAGGAGCGCCUUCGAGAAGCUAUAACUGCAUACGAGUCCGAUCACUCUCCUGAUUUGAUGAUUUUGGAUAGGCUGCGGAGUGUUGAGCAAACUCGUUAUAAGAGUCUCACCUACGCUUGUUCUGGAUGCGAUUUCUCAUCUCCCAAUAGCAAUGCGCUCAUACAUCAUUCGAAGAUACAUGCGCCAGGCUCCAAUGAGAAUAGUCCUGUCAAGAAGGAACUGCCUCGUAAAACUGAGUCACCCACUGUUUGUACGAUAUGCAAUCGACUGUUGCUACGAUCCUCACGGUAUUCGAUCCGAGUGACGAUUUUGGCUCAUUUUGUGAAGUUUCACCGUAAUUCACCAAAAGACGUCGAGAAGUAUCUUGCAAGUGGAUCGUGGGAUGUGGCGUCCGAGUUUCCGUAUAUCGAUGCUGUCACCUCCAUCAAAAAAGGAAAACUGCAAUGUGCGUUAUGCGAAGCAGCGUUCAGCGAUACAUGUCCACUAUUGAAACAUGCCACGUCCGUGCAUGAAAGUCGUAAAACAAGAAUGUCGACUCGUAGAAGUGUAGCGUCUGGAAUUAUUUCGAAUGGAGAUAUUGGUUCACUUGAGCAGAACAAUCCUGUUGGAAGCAGCUCUACAACCAAGUUGAAUAUCGAAGAGAUCAUUGCAAGAUGUCGUGGUCUUGAGCGAAAAGGUGGCGAAUAUAAAGACAGGGAAUCAUCUGGAGGGUCACGAGAUUCAUCAGUUACUGACCGAUCUUCGAGAAGUUCCAGCAGAAGUUCCCAUCAUUCCUCUGCAACAAGUGAACGUGGACGUCGCUCCCCAGACAAUGAAGAUGAUGGUCAUAGUGAGGGCAAUCUCAAGGCCGAUAACCCUACAGAAGCAAGUAAUAGUGGCAAAUGCACUGAAAAGCCUAGAAGACAACCUGAAAGUCAGCAGAGUCAAGAGAAGAAGGUUCUGGGUAAAGAGGAUAUCAAAAGAUCGGCGACACCAAGCGGUCCUGAUAAAGUCGAAAAUGGUGAAGGAAGCGCUGGUUCAGACCGCAAGGCCACAUCUACACCGCAAUCUGAUAGCGUUGACAAUUCGUCAGUAACCGGAAAGUUGUUAUCGUGGCUGUCUCUAACCUCUCGUACAGUUUUUCCUCCACGUCAAGCUGAACUUUGCUCUUCAGGUGCUUCAGAAGUGAAGUCGGAAAACUUAAUAGAGGGAAGUCUUAGAGAUGCUCUGCAUGGUUACCUUGAUUCUGAUGGUAGCGUGAAGUCGAAACCAGUCAAAAAAGGUACUGAUGCUGGACUAACGUUGUUCGACGAGCUUCCCCAACGGGUUGUAAAGAAUAUGGUGAAGCAAAACACUGUUCCUCCAGUGGAUAUCAGUCACGUUGAAGGCGCGAAGGGAUAUCCAUGCAACUUCUGUGAGUUCAAAGGACGUACAGUGAAUGACAUUCGACGACAUACUAGUUCAGCUCAUUCUGAGUUCUUCCCAUCAUUAGGCACCAAAAUUGUCUCCCCAUGUCACCACUGUAAUGUGGUACUGGAUUCACGAGGGAAAUUGUUGAAACAUAUCGGCGACUGCCAUGAAGAUAUUCCAUUAGCGUUCAAGUGUGCAUACUGUCCAAAAACGUUCGCCACAUCUCGUGGUGUACGCGAACACGAACGGCGAUCGCAUGAGUCACGUUUGUUCCUGGACGCGGAACAUUUGGUCUGCCCACACUGUGAGCAGGAGUUCCAGAAUAAACGAAAUCGAGAUGAACAUGUGAAGAGGCACAGCAAUCCAAACUCGGUGAUUGGCCGUGGAUUUUGA